AUGCUGUUCAAUUUUGAUAUUGAUGAAGCAGAUGUGGCAGUACUUACUCAAAACCUCACGAAAUCCAAAGAAUUAUUCAAUUCAAUUUCCAAAUCAUUGAAUAAAAUAUCCACCAAGGCAGACACAGCAUCACGGAAAAUCAAGCCCGUGUUAAGACAGGUCAAUAAACUCAAUGACUCGAAAUCCGAGAUUGAAAAUGGGUUGGAAUUGGUGGCAGAAGUGCAACAAUACGCAUCCAAAGCCGCUACAAAUGAACAAAUAUUAAACGGUACCAUUGAUAAUGUAGGGAUUAAAAAAUACUUGACAGUGUUAAUUCAAUCCAAAUUAUUAUUAAAGGAAAUGAAAUCUAAAGUGGGACAAUUUAAAGGGAUCCUUAUCAAUUUCCAAAAUUCUAUAGAAAAAUCAGAAUUUGGAUUAACUACAUAUUUCCAAAAAUUGAUUAAAAGAGAAUCAACCCCAUUGGAUUUACGUAAAUACAAUUUUGAAGAAAGUGGCGGGUUACCACAAAUAUCACAAUCUAAAAUUAAGGAUUAUAGCGCGAUUUUAGAUUAUUUCCAUGGGGUUAAUCUGGAAGAUCGAUCGUUAGAUCGGAUGUAUAUGAUGGAAAGAUCAAGAUAUUUGUUUGAUACCAUUGCAUCAUUAGAUUCCAUCACAGCACCCAAAUUGAAAACAAAUAAUAAAAUUCCUUAUGAAAGAGGUACCAAUGGUAUUGGAGAAUAUUCGAAAACAUUGAUGGAUUUAUGUGUCAUUGAGGCACAACAAGUGGAGGAAAUUAAUCGUAGACUUGUAGGGCCAAAAUUGGAUAUCAAUGAAUAUCUUUUCAGUAUUUUGGCCAACACCAUCAAUGAUAAAUAUGGUGGUGAUCAACUCAUGAGAAUUGUGAAACAUGUUGAGAAUAAUACCACUACAGAUGGGUUAUUGGCAUUGGAAACAAUCAUUAAUGUCAAACAAGUGGAGAAAUGUUUAUACAAAUUGAUUGCAUCUACAGGAAUUCAUUCCAAUUUUAAGAAAUUUUUAGAUAAUUUCAUGGUUUUAAAGAAAUUAUGUCAACUGAUCUUUAAAGAAUUAUUGAGAUUUAUUGAACAGAAAAUCGUUGCAUUGGAUAAAUUACCAAAUGAUAAUGGAGUACUGGAAGUUACGGUAGAAUUAAUGUCUAGAAUAAGAAAGAUUUCCGAUUUUAGAGAAUCAUGUUUAGAAGUGAUUGAAGGCAUGAAGAUUGGAUCAUGGAUGAUGCAAACCCCAAAGCCUAGAUCGAUAUCGGUGUUUAGCAGUGUGCUACCAGCCAAUGAAAUGCAAAAUGAACAUGAUCUGAAGUACCUUUUAUCGAGUUAUUUCAGUGAUUGUAUAGACUCGAUUAUGAUCAAUUUGGAGAUUAUUUCAAAGCAAGGAGAUUUGAAAUUGCAGAAAAAAUCAAUUCAAGGGUAUUUCCUCAUUACCAAUUUGACUCUUAUCGAACAAAUCAUUAAUAGAUCAUCCGAAUUGUUCAAGAGUUUGGGUUCAACUGGUAUGGAAAGAUUAAAUAAAUUGAAAAAACGGUUCUUGGUAUUAUUUUUAGAUGAUUGGAAUUAUGCGUCAUACAUUAUUAUUAGAGACAUGACCAGUAUUACUGCCACUGCAGCCAUUGCUCAUAAUAGUAACAGUAACAAUACCAAUAGUCAUGGUAACGCUCCACCAAGUGGGAAGGAAAAGGAACAAAUCAAGGAAUUAUUCAAAACUUUUAAUGAAUCAUUUGAAGAUGCCAUCAAUAACUACAAGAAUUUCAACAUCACUGACCAGAAUUUGAGAGCAUACUUGGCAAAUGAAAUCAAGAAACUUAUUAUGAACACGUACUUCAAACUCUACGACAAAUAUGGUACUUCGGACUUUACCAAGAAUAAAUCUAAAUAUGUCAAGUAUGACAAGAAAUCGUUUGAAGAUUUGUUAAACCUGACGCUUUAG